AUGGCUUCUUCUUUCGCAAAUUUGCUUCCCGUUAGUGGUGGCUGGAAACAGCAAAUCACUGACUAUUUAACUGAGGACGUUCCCUCGUUUGAUUACGGAGCCUAUGUUGUGGGUAACAAGGAGGAAACUGCCUCGUUGUACAUGAAACAGAGUGGCGUGAUAUGUGGAGUACCUUUCGCCGAAGAAGUGUUCAAACAAUGUGAGUUGACUGUUGUAUGGCACUAUAGCGAGGGGGAGUAUAUCAGUGACGAUGUCCUCUCUGCUCAUAAAGGCAAAAUCGUGGUUGCCACAGUCAGUGGACCCGCCAAUAAAAUUCUACUUAGUGAAAGAACUGCAUUGAAUUUGCUUGCACGGUCCUCGGGCGUCGCCACCCAGUCUUAUAUCACCAAAAAGCUUGCAGAUGAAAGUGGCUACACUGGUUUAAUUGCGGGCACCAGAAAAACCACCCCGGGCCUUAGAUAUGUCGAGAAAUACUCGAUGUUGGUUGGUGGAGUCGAUGCGCACAGAUAUGACUUGAGUUCCAUGGUAAUGCUCAAAGAUAACCACAUCAAGUCGACUGGAAGUAUUACCAAGGCCGUGCAAAGUGCUCGGAAGGUUUGUGGCUUUGCAGUAAAAGUUGAGGUUGAGGUAAGCACCGAACAUGAUGCGAAGGAAGCCAUUGACGCGGGUGCGGAUGUGAUUAUGUUGGACAACUUCCAGGGUCCUGAGUUACAAGCAGUAGCUCAGAGUUUAAAGAAGUACUACCAAGGUUCUAAUAAAAACUUUUUGUUGGAAUGUUCCGGUGGCUUGACCUUGCAAAACUUGAGUUCCUACUUGUGCAAUGACGUUGACAUCUAUUCAACAUCUUCGAUUCACCAAGGAACAGGUAUCGUUGACUUUUCUUUGAAAAUAAACUAG